AUGAAAAAUGGCGGACGCCGGUGGUCUCCCCCACACUGGGACCUAGAAGACAGACUGGACAGCCUGUUCACUGCCUUCUGGAGGAAGCUGGAGAGUAGGCAGCAACAAGCACUGCUACCUACCAAGACAGAACACACGCCUAAUAAACUGCCUCCACGCUCCAGUGACAAACCCACAUCGACCAGGACUCUGAGGGACAGAACAUGGCAGACCACUCGACCUGGCUCCCAGCACACAAGGGCCGCGCCCCAGAACACAACUAAGCGUCCCAGCACUCGACAAACCGCAAACACAGCUGCGACCAUCCUGCAACAAAUCAACAGGGCAGCCCCAAUGUACCGGCCUCACAAAGAAAGUCGGUCUCGGAAGCCACGCAAGAGAAGAUGCCGCACCUGCACAGCCGAGCUUCCAAAGCGACUCCUGAACGCGAACCCAAUCCAGGGAAAACAGCAAGGUUCCAUCGACAGACUCUCGGGGCAAGAAAGCGCAGAGCCUCCACAAGGCAUGGAUGAACUCGAGACUGAACAUAGGUACCAUAUUACCCCAGCAAUACACCCCCAAUGCCCACACCCCGAGCCCUACUUUAACCCAGUACGCUAG